ACGAAUUUACGGAUUUACGAAGCGUAUCCUCGAUCCCAGUCACAACAUUGUUCCGACGUCCUCCACAGUAAACGAAUAUCGAAAUAGAUUAUAAUCGUGGCAACUUUACCUCGAUAUCGCAGUGCAUUCGUGGUUUUGACAGGCAGCGUUUCGUCGCGUAACGUAAGUCGAGAGAAUCUGAUUAUAGCGAGGAAACGUGUUCUCCGAAGGUUCGACGAAGAUAGCGCCGUUCCGCGGAAACUGAGAAAUUCGUCGGAAUGAUAAUUUCGUCCGAGUCGACUCGGUGAUGAUCACGACCGCAGUACAGUAGUGUGAUAACACCGUUUGGUCGCCUUGAAGGUUACUGCACUGACAGAUCGUUGCUCGAAAAAAACAUGGUCAAUGCGGCGGCGUGAUUGCGCGCUAAACACAUUCUCAUAUUUCAACAAUCGAUUGUUUUAUCUGACUUCUUAUCGUGAGGGAAUUAUCCUGAAGAGAAGCUGGCAUGACUUCGGCAGCAUUGCAGAAAGCCAUAGAUCUUGUGACAAAGGCCACGGAGGAGGAUCGAAAUAAAAACUAUGAGGAAGCCCUUAGGUUGUACGAACAUGCCGUCGAAUAUUUCCUACAUUCGAUCAAAUACGAUACACACGGAGAUAGGGCGAAGGAAAGUAUAAGAGCAAAAUGUAUGCAGUAUUUGGAAAGGGCGGAGAAAUUGAAAGCUUAUUUGAAAAAGAGCAAGAAGAAACCAGUGAAGGCGGGGGAGGAAAACUCCAAGAGUGAAGAUAAGAAGAGCGACAGCGGUGACAGCGACACCGACAGUGAUCCUGAAAAGAAGAAAUUGCAAAGUAAACUAGAAGGCGCGAUAAUCAUUGAAAAGCCAGACGUCAAGUGGAGCGACGUGGCUGGUCUAGACGGAGCCAAAGAAGCUUUGAAGGAAGCUGUCAUUCUACCGAUUCGUUUCCCUCAUCUUUUUACUGGUAAACGCAUACCUUGGAAGGGUAUUCUGUUAUUUGGUCCACCUGGUACCGGCAAAUCAUACUUGGCGAAGGCAGUCGCGACUGAGGCCAACAAUUCCACCUUCUUCUCCGUAUCGUCGUCAGAUUUAGUGAGCAAGUGGUUAGGAGAAUCGGAGAAACUUGUAAAGAACCUUUUCGAAUUAGCGCGGCAACACAAACCUAGCAUCAUAUUUAUCGACGAGAUAGACUCCCUCUGCUCGUCACGUUCCGACAAUGAGUCAGAGUCCGCAAGAAGGAUAAAGACGGAAUUCCUGGUUCAGAUGCAAGGUGUGGGGUCUGACAAUGACGGCAUACUUGUACUGGGAGCCACCAACAUACCUUGGGUGCUGGAUUCCGCGAUCAGAAGAAGAUUCGAGAAAAGAAUUUACAUUCCAUUGCCCGAGGAACAAGCACGCGCCGUCAUGUUUAAGAUCCACCUGGGCAACACGUCGCAUUGUUUGACGGACGAGGACUUCAAGAAGCUAGCGGCAUCCACCGAAGGUUACUCGGGAGCUGAUAUAAGUAUCAUUGUACGGGACGCCCUGAUGCAGCCGGUCCGGCAAGUGCAAACGGCCACGCAUUUUAAGCGCGUUAAGGGCCCAUCACCGAAGGAUCCUUCCGUUAUUGUCAACGACUUACUUACUCCGUGCUCCCCUGGCGAUCCGGCUGCUAUAGAAAUGAAUUGGAUGGAGGUGGAUGGUGAUAAAUUAUUCGAGCCGCCAGUUACCAUGAAAGAUAUGUUGAAAUCGUUAGGAACAACCCGUCCCACAGUGAACGAAGAAGAUAUGAAAAAAUUAGAUAAAUUUAAGGAGGAUUUUGGUCAAGAGGGCUGAGAGAGAGAUCCUUCCCGAUCUUCGUAAUUAUAUUAACGGAUUUCUAACUCAACAAAUAUCUUUAGUUGUACACGCUUGCCUUAUUCCUCUUAUGAAUAACACCCGACAGUGUCUGUAUAAAUAUAUCCGGAAACGAGUUUAA